AUGUCGAGUCUGCUUAAAGAGGCCCAAGAAUUGGCUCAGUUUUCAUGUGCCAAUAAGCGAACUGUUUGCUUCGUCGGGGAUAUGGGCACUGGCAAGAGCCAUCUUAUCAACUCGCUCCUAGACUUCAAAGACCUCGCCAAGACUGGCUCAUCUGGAGGGGCAUGCACGAACGUUGUUACAGAGUACCACUUUCACGACUCUCACGAUUUCACUGUGCAGGUGGAACUGUUUGAACCGGAUGAGCUGGCCAACAACCUGGUCGAUCCGCUGCGGUCCUACAGAGCCUAUCACUUGAAACGAGCCGAGAUGACAUCUGAAGACACGCCUCGCUUCAAGAUCAGAGCCGAAGAGGCUGAGAACAUGUUUGCGUACAUGUUUGGCGAGCGUCUGGGAGACAAAACGUUCCUGCUUCAAGAUUCGGAAGAGCGAGUGCUCCGGAUCUUCAAGGGUUGGGCGGCAGGCAUUGUUCAAGAAGAGACGAAACCUCCUACUUCGGGGCUUACGCUGGAAAAGUGCUCCGAUCUUUUGAUGAAGCUCUCCUCGGGACAGAGAAAGGGAUUGAUUCUGGUCGAUCUCCCAGGGCUUCGAGAUCUGAACCCCGCUCGUAGCAGGCUCACGCAGAUCUGCUUACGCGAUUGCGACGAAGUCUUUGUCACUUGCGACAUCAUGCGAGCUACCAAUGACCGGUCGAUUUUGGACGUCUUUGAGUUGGCGCGCCAGCAAGCCAUCACGAAAGUUGGCAUCAUAUGCACCAAGACUGAUGGUGGCGAAGUCGGCGAGGCUAUCAAAGAGUAUAAAGACAAACGAGCAAGCUGCCUGCAGCAGUUGAAAGAGCUAGUCGAUGAGCAAAGAGAAAAUCUCGAUGGACUAGAGGCUGAAUAUAAUGAUCUAACGGAAGAAGAUGGACUUAUAGCGUCUGAUCCGGGUGCCGUGGCCCUGGCCCAAGAUAUUGCCGACGCCAAACGCGCAUUGAAGGCAGCGGAGUUCGACCUGGACAAGCAAAGGAUAGAGUUUCGAAACGAAGCGACCACUGAAUCCUUGAUUAAAAUGUACAAGGCGUACCAGACACCGGCUAUGCCACAGCCCAAUGUCUUUUGUGUCAGCAGCAAAAUGUACCGAGACCAUCGAGACGGUGACGUACGGCGAGCGCUUCCAUACCUCGAAUUGAGCGGCAUCAUGGCAGUCAGGCAGCACUGCAUCGCAAUCUUGUCCGACAGUCAGCAUCUUGCUGCGACGGACUACAUGAGACACCGCGUUCAAGCGCUACUCGACAGUAUCCAGGUUUGGGCUCAGUCAUUGACAGAAAACGCCGAUGUUCAGAAGCACAAAGCGCUUCAAGAAGCCCUCGUCACUAUCAAAACAUGGUUGAAAGAGGUCAGACAAGACAUCGCGAAAUGGAGUGAAAAUGCCCAGAAAGCCGAGUUGAGAUGGAGAAUGUACGCUCAUCAGUCUUAUGACGCGUUUUGCCGAAACUGGGGUGUUCACGCCAUCAAGAACCAACAGCGGGACUAUUGGAACGAAGAGAUAAUCGAAGGCAUGGUCAAGGAUCUUAAGGAACCAUGGGAGACGGUAUGUAAGUCGGUGCAGACCCAGCGGAGCACCAUCACUUCCUUGAUCGGGGACAUCGACGACAAGAUUGAGUCCCACUUGGGAACUGGUAGCCAUUUCCGGCGACAAGAAAUCAUCCGACGCAAGAUCACGGAUGAAGCUCUCUUUCGCAACUUGCUGGAUCAGUGGCAGCAGCGAUACAUUCAGUUCGCUGAUGGCAUGCAAACCCGCAUGUAUGCGGUGAUGGAUCUCCAUUUGACCAAGGUUCGGGAACUUUUGGACAUAGGCCAAAUUUCCCCAACCGAGGCCGACUCAGAUGUGGAAUUCUACGAACGGGUUGAAGAGGCUUUGAAGGAGGCGGAAGCAACCCAUCGACGAUGCCUCGAAAGCCUCUCCGCGUAG